CAAGAGCUUGGGGGGAGGACUGUUAACCCCAUGCACGUCAACCGCGUGAGCUCUUUCCCUUUUGGUUUGCGCUGCCUGUAAAGCUCCUUGUGCCCUCAGAGAGAGGCCAGCCUGCUAGGGAAAUCCAGGAAUCUGCAACAAAAGCAAUGACAAUCUGAAAUACUCCCUGGUUCCAACCUCCAAAUUCUCGUCUGUCACUUCAGACCCUGACUAGUUGACAGAGCAGCAGAAUUUCAACUCCAAUAGACUUGAAUGUGCUUCUGGGCAAAGAAGCAGAGCUAACCAGGAAAGGGAUUUAAAGAGUUUCUCUUGGGUAUUUGUCAAACUUUUAUUUCCUGGCUGUGUGCAAAGAGGGGAUUCCACUUCAAUGUUCUACUGAGGCUCUGGGUCCAGUCACUUACCUGAAGGUAGAAAGCAUGAAGACCAUGGUUUUUUUCCUCUGCAUCUUGGGAACUGCAGCUGCAAUCCCGACAAAUGCAAAGUUCUUAUCUGAUCGUUCCAAACCAACUGCUGAAACAGUAAUACCUGACAACCCUACAGUCCCCAUCUUAAGAGCUGAAGAUGCAGAAAAUGAAAAAGAAACUGUAGUACCCGUAGAAGACUAUUCCAACCACAAGGCUGAAAAAUCUUCAACGCUAAAGUCAAAAGGAGAAAGCCAUGAGCAGUCAGGAGAACAGGGUAAGAGUUACAGCCAAGAGCUGGGAUUGAAGGAUCAAGAGGACGGUGAUGAUGACUUAAGUGUGCAUUUGGGGUAUACACCAACUGAAGGUACAUUGGACCUAAAGGAAGAUAUGGAUGAGCCUCAAAAGGAACAACUUCCAGAGAACGACAAUUUCCCUGCUUCUAAUGUUAGUUCCUUUGCAGAUUCUAACGAACAAGAAAGCACCACAAAGAGAGAGGAGAACCAAGAACAACCUAUGAACAGUUCACAUCAUCAAUUGAACAGGAGCAGUAAACACAGCCAGGACCCAAGGGACCAAGGAAACCAAGAGCAGGAUCCAGAUAUUUCCAAUGGAGAAGAGGAGGAGAGAAAAGAGCCAGGUGAUGUUGGCACCCACAUUGAUCACCAAGAAAAGGAGCAUGAACUUUCCCAGGAGCAUCCUCAUAGCAAGCAGGAAGACAGUGAUACCCAAUCUGAUGAUAUUUUAGAAGGGUCUGAUCUACCAACUCAAGUAAGCAAGUUGCAGAAGGAGGGACUGGAACAGGGUGACCCAGAACAAGAGGGCAACUCUGAUGCAGGAAUGGAAGAGGGAAAUGGAUCAAACAUCCAUGAGCACAGUCAAGAACCUGAACGGCAGAGCCAGGAGGGCACGGCUGGCCUUGAAGUUGUCAGCAGCCAUGAGGGGAUGGAUAAAAAGACUGUUUCUGAGGCUCUGCCCAUGGAACCGACUCCAUAUAACAUCAUGCUCCAAAAUCCCGGGGAUGAUGAUGGAAGCGAUGAUGGUUCCAGACACACUGCAAGUGAUGACUCCUUCAUCCCAAGCCAGGCCUUCUUAGAGGCCGAAAGACCUCAAUCCAAUGACUAUCACAGGACGCUUGAGGAGGAAGGAGGAAGAGGACAAGAGAAUGAAAGUGCAGGUGCCAGUGAGCCUGGAGAGUACCCAGAGGUGAAGAAAGCAGAGAGAUCACCAAAUGAAGAUGACAUAUCCAGUGAAGGGAACACGAGGGUGCAUGGUGUUGAUGCUUGCCUGAGCUUCCAGUGUAAAAGAGGACACGUCUGUAAGGCAGACCAAGAUGGAAAACCCCACUGUGUCUGCCAAGAUCCAGGGACUUGUCCUCCAACAAAACUCCUUGACCAAGUCUGUGGCACUGACAAUCAAACCUACCCUAGUUCCUGCCAUCUGUUUGCCAUUAAGUGCAAACUAGAGGGGACCAAAAAGGGGCAUCAGCUACAGCUGGAUUAUUUUGGAGCCUGCAAAUCUAUUCCUGCUUGUACGGACUUUGAAGUGACUCAGUUUCCCCUCCGAAUGAGAGACUGGCUCAAGAAUAUUCUCAUGCAGCUUUAUGAAGCUAACUCUGAACACACUGGAUAUCUAAAUGAGAAGCAGAGAAAUAAAGUCAAGAAAAUUUAUCUUGAUGAAAAGAGACUCUUGGCUGGAGACCAUCCCAUUGACCUUCUCUUAAGGGACUUUAAGAAAAACUACCACAUGUAUGUGUAUCCUGUGCAUUGGCAGUUUAGUGAACUUGACCAGCACCCUAUGGAUAGGGUCCUGACACAUUCUGAGCUGGCACCUCUGCGAGCAUCCCUGGUGCCCAUGGAACACUGUAUAACCCGCUUCUUUGAGGAGUGUGACCCCAACAAGGAUAAGCACAUCACCUUGAAGGAGUGGGGCCACUGCUUUGGAAUCAAAGAAGAGGACAUAGAUGAAAACCUCCUGUUUUGAAUUAAGAUUUGAAAGAACUCAAACUUUCCAGCACCCUCCUCUGUUCUAACCACUUCAGAAACAUAUGCACCUGUGACGCCUGUAGAUUUAUAUUUAGCAAAGUGUUUGCAUGUAUGAGAAGACAGUGAGAGUAACUGCUUGAUACCAAUACAUGCACCAGGCAUCUAGCACCACUAUGGAAGUAAAGUCAAUAUAUGCCAAAUACUGUACAGUGUGAACAGAGGUAUAACUUAGAGUAAUUUCACUCUCUGCAUCAACUUAUGAGGUAAUUACUAAUUAUAAAACUUGGAAAAUUAAUGCAUUCCUUUUGUUUAUAAUAUCAUGUGCAUUUCAAGAAAGUAGUACUGCUCUUUUGUGGUUAACAUGUAUUAUUUUCAAUAUCUCAAUAUCUUAAUAAAGAGUCCAUAAAAAUCCAA